AUGGUUGGUGACAACAUCUUCGUGCAUGGAAUCGCUGCCACGCCAACUCCUCUGCUACAGGGUCUCUGUGAGCAUGCGAAAGCGAACAAUCUGAAAGGCAUCAAGCUGCAUCACUUGCAUCUUGAAGGAGAGACACCGUGGACAGCUCCGGAUGUGAAAGAUCGAAUCCGCUCCAACUCUCUUUUCACUGGCGGUAAUCUUCGAAAGGCAGUAAAUGAAGGUAUUGCUGAUUUCAACUCGUGCUUUUUGCAUGAGGUUCCAUUGCUAUUCCGUAGAGGAGCUAUCAAGCUUAACGCCGCGUUAAUCCACGUUUCUGCUCCCGAUGCUAACGGCUACUGCUCAUUGGGCACAUCGGUAGAUACGGCAAGAGCAGCGGUUACAAAUGCUGAUCAUAUUAUUGCCAUGGUAAGUAAGAACAUGCCGAGAACGUUUGGUGACAGCGUGAUCCACUCAUCCCACUUUGAUGUCAUGGUCGAAGAGCAUUCUGAUUUCCCACUUCACGAGCGACAUCUUGGAAAGGACAGUGAGGAAGAGCAGAAGAUCGGAAAAAUUAUCGCCGAGAACUUGGUUGAGAACGGUUCAACUCUGCAAAUGGGUAUCGGAGCUGUACCAGAUGCCGCCUUGGCUGCUCUGAAAAAUCACAAAGAUCUCGGUAUUCAUACAGAAAUGUUCUCGGAUGGUGUCUUGGAUCUUAUCGCGUGCAAUGCCAUCACUAAUAAGAAAAAGGUAGUACACCCCGGUAGACUGGUGGUAUCAUUCGUCUACGGUUCCAAAAAGCUGUACGACUACUUGGACGACAACCCACUGAUCGAAUUCGGUGAUGUCCAAUGGGUCAAUGACCCUGCUGUCAUCCGACAAAACCCUAGAGUCGUUGCUAUAAAUUCAGCCGUCGAGAUUGAUCUCACUGGGCAAGUUGUCGCCGAUUCGGUUGGCAAGCGGUUCCUUUCUGGCUUCGGUGGUCAAGUGGACUUUAUCCGUGGAGCUAGCAUUGGUGAUGACGGUGAAGGCAAACCUAUCAUCGCUCUUCCAUCGAUGUCGAAGAAGGGCCAAAGCAAGAUUGUGCCUUAUAUAAAUGAGGGUGCCGGUGUUGUUACAACCCGAUCUCAUGUACACUAUGUUGUUACGGAGAACGGUAUUGCUCAACUAUGGGGAAAGAAUAUGCGACAAAGAGCUUACGAACUCAUCAAGAUUGCUCAUCCAUCACAACGUGAAGCGCUGGAGAAGGCAGCAUUUGAAAGAUUGAAGGUAAGGUCGAGCUUUUAUUAG